AACCCUAGAGCUUCGCUCCUCCCUUAACGCCGCCACCACUCUCGUGCAUGAUCCCCCUUCUCCCCCCGCAAGCCCUCUCUCUGUCCCCCUCCCGCGACUCCUCUGCCGCUGUCACCUGUGCCGCUCGAUUCCGGCGAGUUGAGGCGGCUCCUGUCGGUGCGCAGCACACCUUUGGGUCACCUCGCGCCACUCUCUCCUCCCCUCCCGUCAGACCUGACUUGCUUUGGCUUGUUCGUUCGUGGCAGAUGGCGGCCGGGGGCGGCGGGGUCGGCAGCGACCGGGCGGCUGGGGAGUGCGGGGUGUCCGUGCUCGCCUCGUCCCGCGGCCUCGCCACCGGCUUCAACUACCUCGCCAACCCGCUCACCUUCCGCUGUGUGCGCCUCCCCUACCAGACCCGCGACCACCGCCUCGACGCUGACCCCGCCAUUGUCAUCGCCUUCGAGGACGACCACGACGACGACGGUGCUUCCAGGGGUUCCACCAGUACCACCUCGUCGUCGCCUACGAGGUGCACGACGGAGUGUGGGCGGUCGAGUCCUUCUCCACCCGCACCUGUGACUGGCGCGUGGGCGCCGACAUCUGCGCACCGGAGAUGGUCGUCACGCGGUCGGGCAUUGCCGCGCGGGGCCGUGCCUUCUGGCGCACCACCAUCGGCCAGAACCGCUGCCGCGAGCUCACCGUCCCCAUCCCCCGAGUCCACCUACUCCGAGCCGACCGUCGCCUCCUUCUCUCAAGCAUCUGUCCCUGCAAUGCGGUACACCGAUAGUAUAUACCAAGAUGAAUUUGGGCUAGAAGACUUUGCAAACAUCCUCUCCGUCAGUAUAGUCUCCUCAUAUGUAGGCUUCCCAGUCAAUGUCUAUGGCCGCAUCAUUGCCAGAGACAGCAUUGACUACAGGUGCAUUUAUCUCUUUCACCACAAUAGAGAUGAUUGCCAGCGUCUCACCGAGGGUGGAAUGCUGAUGUUAACUGGCCCAAGUGGAGUGUACCGCAUUAGCGCAGGAAGCCAGAGUGAGGAGAGCGAUGAUGACCCUGUCCCUGAUGAUGUUGUAGAGCAUGAUACCUGGGAACACGACAUGAGAAGCCUCCAUGUAUGUGCCGUUGUUCCUCCUUCUAUGCACAACCUUUUGAAUUUGAGAGCCACCGCAGCAGCAGAUACAGCCAAAGGCAAUUUUGACCAUGUAGUACUAUGUCAUUACAGUUUGAACGCCCAACAGCGGGUAGUAGUCGUCGUCUGCAACUGCAAGUGACCAACAAACAAUGGUUAAUCUUAACUGCUAGUAGUACUACAGAGUACCGGGCGGGCGGUGAGAUGUACUACAUACUAGACCAGACAGUGGGCGCCAUGUCUGUUCUUAUGCCCCAUGUUUGUUCUUCAUGUUUACUUUGUAGGUUUUGUUGUUUGUUAUAGUUGUAGUGGUUAGAGUAAUAAUACAUAUUUGAACACUUUAACCCCAGAAUAUGUAUCCUUUGAUUACCCAACUUAUGUGUACAUGUUUCUUUUUUUG